CUAUUAUCUGUGUAUUCUCUGUGAAGCUCAUCUGACAUCCUCCUGUGUUUCUCAGGGCGAACUGGAAAGACAGCUGCUGCAGGCCAACCCCAUCCUGGAGGCCUUCGGCAAUGCAAAGACUGUCAAGAAUGACAACUCCUCCAGAUUUGGUAAAUUCAUCCGCAUUAAUUUUGAUGUGGCAGGGUACAUUGUUGGUGCUAACAUCGAGACUUACCUCCUUGAGAAGUCCCGGGCCACCCGUCAGGCCAAAGAUGAGAGGACGUUCCACAUCUUUUAUCAGAUGUUGUGUGGAACUUCAGAAGAGACAAGAGCGGAUCUGCUCUUAGGAACUGCUGAUGAGUACCGCUUUCUCAGUGGAGGCUCCAUUCCUGUUCCUGGUCAGAGUGAUUCAGAGAACUUCACCCAAACCAUGGACUCCAUGGUUAUAAUGGGCUUCACCCCAGAAGAGUCAAUAUCCAUGCUUAAGGUGAUCUCUGCUGUGCUCCAGUUUGGAAACAUUUCCUUCAUGAAGGAGAAGAACCAGGACCAGGCCUCGAUGCCCGAUAACACAGCUGCUCAGAAACUGUGCCAUCUGCUGGGCGUUAAUGUGCUGGAGUUCACUCGGGCCAUCCUCACUCCCAGGAUCAAAGUGGGUCGAGAGUAUGUGCAGAAGGCCCAGACGAAAGAGCAGGCUGAUUUUGCUGUGGAGGCCUUGGCGAAGGCCACAUAUGAGCGUCUGUUCAGAUGGCUGGUCCACAGAAUCAACAGAGCUCUGGACCGCAGACAGAGACAGGGCGCAUCGUUCAUAGGCAUCCUUGAUAUCGCUGGAUUUGAAAUCUUCCAGCUUAACUCCUUUGAGCAGCUGUGCAUUAACUACACCAAUGAGAAGCUGCAGCAGCUCUUCAACCACACCAUGUUCAUCUUGGAGCAGGAGGAGUACCAGCGGGAGGGCAUCGAGUGGAACUUCAUUGACUUCGGCUUGGACUUACAGCCAUGCAUUGACCUCAUCGAGAAACCAACCCACCCGCCUGGUGUUCUGGCCCUGCUGGAUGAAGAGUGCUGGUUCCCCCGGGCAACAGACCGCUCAUUUGUAGAGAAGCUGUCUGCUGAGCAAGGCAGCCAUCCAAAAUUCUUCCGAUCAAAACAGCCACGCGGGGAAGCUGACUUCUCCAUUAUCCAUUAUGCUGGCAAGGUCGACUAUAAGGCAAAUGAUUGGCUGGUGAAGAAUAUGGAUCCUCUGAACGACAAUGUGGCGUCUCUUCUGCACCAGUCGUCUGAUCAUUUUGUCUCAGAGCUUUGGAAGGAAGAUAUUCAGACUCUUCCUCGUGUCUACUUCUUUGAUUCCUAUGCCACACUACAGGCUAAUGGCUCCGACAUGGACAGGAUCGUGGGUCUGGACCAAGUGUCGUCAGGAGAAAACAGUGGGCCUGUCACGUUUGGAGCGGCAGGACUGAAGACAAAGAAGGGAAUGUUCAGGACUGUCGGUCAGCUUUACAAGGAGUCUCUCACCAAGCUGAUGGCCACACUGAGGAACACCAACCCCAACUUCCUGCGCUGCAUCAUCCCCAACCACGAGAAGAGGGCUGGUAAGUUAUCCCCACACCUGGUUUUGGACCAGCUGAGGUGUAAUGGAGUUCUGGAGGGGAUCCGUAUCUGCAGACAAGGCUUCCCUAAUCGCAUCCCAUUCCAGGAGUUCAGACAGAGGUAUGAGAUCCUGACUCCUAAUGCAAUCCCUCGCACCUUCAUGGAUGGCAAACAGGCGUCAGAACUCAUGAUCAGAGCUUUGGAACUGGACCACAACCUGUUCAGGGUGGGCCAGAGUAAAGUCUUCUUCAGAGCUGGAGUCCUGGCUCACCUGGAAGAAGAAAGAGACCUUAAGAUCACUGACACCAUCAUACGCUUCCAGAGCGCCUCCAGAGGCUACCUCGCACGCAAGUAUGAGCUUUACCGAUACUUUACCGGUACCGGUAUGACAGAUAUAUGUUUAUUUUAAGUUUGUAAGCUACAG